CCUCUUAGGUUUUUUUUAUAAAUCUAUAAUAGUUAAGAUGUUGCCAUUAGCUGGGUAAAGAUAUACCAUGUCACCAGGUGCUAUCUUAGUAAUUAUUCUAAAAUAAAAAGUUAAAACAAAGCAUCAGGGGAGUAACCAGACUAGAUUCACAUUUUAGAAGAACGCAUUGGAUUUAGAAGAAUCCCAGAUAGGCAAGAAGUCUGGCUGGGGAAAAGUCCAAGCAAGGAGUUUACAAGAUCCUGCUAUAAAAAUUCAAGGAGGGAUGGUAGAUGUCCAAAUAGUAACUGGGGCAUCAGAAAUUUGAGACCAUGGAUAGGUUGGAGAGAUUGCUAAAGGAAACACGAUCAUACCUGGUGAUGACCUGGACAAGAAAGUGAGGAAAUAGAAGGAUUCAAGCUAACACCCAGUUUUCAGCCUCUGGGAAUUAGAUGAGUAAUGAUAUCAUUUACUGAGAUGAAGAAAACCAGCAUUCGGGGAAGCAUUAGUUCAGUUUUAGACUUGUUGAGUUUAGCGUAUAUUUGAGAGUUCCAAGUGUUCAUUAGGCAGCAGUUUAUACAGGUCCACAAAUUGGGAAGAAGUGCUGACUGUAGGCUGUUGUGGCAAUAUAACAGAGUAAAGAACAUGAGUAGUUAAGGGUUAGCCCCAGCAGGUGACAAAGAGACUGAAGUGAAGUAUGCCCUAGAAGUGGUGACGGUGCAUGCAGUCAUUUGGGGCUGGUUUCUGGAGGCAGGCUUCCAGGCCAGAAUACGAGCUUUGUCCCCUGCUCAUUGUGUGACAUGGGGUAAGUCAUUUCAUAAGCCUACUGUCAGUGUAUAUGAGACACUCUAUACAAAGUUCUUAGAAUAAUACUGGGCUCAAGGCACUCAAAAAAGUUGGCUAAUUGAAAGCAAAGGAAAACAGGCUUGUCCUGAAUAAUGAGAGCUAUUCUGACACAAGCUAGAACAUGGGUGAACCUUGAAAACAUUAUGCUAUGUGAAAUAAGGCAACGCAAAGUGACAAAUAUUAUAUGAUUCCACUUACAUGAGAAAUCUAGAACAGGUAGAUUCACAGAUAGAAAGUACAAUAGAGGCUACCAGGGACAGGAGUGGAGGGAUUAUUAUUUAAUGGGCACAGAGCCUGCAUUUGGGUUGAUGAAAAAUUUCUGAAAGAGGAUGAUGGCUACACAACAUUGUGCAUGUACUCAGUGCCCCUGAAUUGUAUACUUAAAAAUGGUUAAAAUGGCAAAGCUUUAUCAUAAUACUUUUGUUAAGGGCAUAUUAUUAUUGCUGCAGAGAAGUCAAAUAAGAUAAUCCAUGGGAAAUUCCCCUGUAUUUUGUUACCAAGGGGCCAUUUCUGGAGAUCUUUUAUAGGAGCAGAUAGGUCAAAAGUCAGAUUGCAGUGAGUUGAAUGAAGGGUGAUUAGAAAUGUCUAGACUAGGGCUUGGCAACCUACCAUCAAAUCUAGCCCACCACCUGUUUCUAUAAAUGAAGUUUUAUUGGCACACAACAUUGAUCAUGUGGACAUAAAUGGGUGGGAAUGGAGAAGCCCUCAGUUCCUCUCUUGCUCUCUUCCUGGUUCAAUAUGCCAAACUAUGGAGCUACAGGAAUUAUUGCAGAAGAUGUAAAAAUCAAUGGUAAAGUGGGAACAAGUGAAGUCCAGGUGUUGGGACCAGCAGAGCACAUUGAAAAGCAAGGAGGUGUUAAAGAAAGACUUCUGGAUAGAAUCAGGUUGCAUGUCAAAGUGGGGUUUGGAGGCACAGGGAGCAUGGGAGCAGCUAGGGGAAUAGAUUUUGCUAAAGCCUGCAGUCCACUAGAGACACAUAGCACCUUGUAACUUCUUUGCCCUUCAAAGUUGCCCUUGAUAAUGCAGCCUUUGACUGUCUAGAGUUCUGCAGCCAUCAAGUCAGAACCAAAAGGGAAUUCACUGAUUCAGUUCAUCCACUCAGCCCCUGAUUACAGCAGUAAAAAAAACCAAACUAGGCCCAGAGAAGUUUGGCAACUGAUCCAGGCACACACAACCUAGUGGCAGAUCCUAGACUGAGAAAGUCUGCAUCUCCCAGCUGGGCGCCUAUGUGCCGCAGUUCCCUGCCUCCUGCCUGCCUCAGUUGCUGGGGUGGGGGCUGUCCCCCACAUGUGGAGUGCUUACCUUGGAGCCUUUUUCAUGAAUGAGACCAGAUGCAGAACUCCACAUUGAUCAUUUCUGUCCCUCCCCUUUCUGGUUUCUGUUAAAGGCAGCCCCCCAGCUCCCAGCUGGCUCCUGUCCCCUCCCCCAGCCGGGAGAAGUUAUUACAUGAAGAGAUCAGCUUACCAGUUUUCUUCAGAGCAGAGGCUGAGCUCGGAGGAGCUCCGGGUAGUGCAGUGAGGGAGAGCAGAGGGAACUAGCGCCGUGCCUAGCAGAACUCCAGGGCUGGAAUCCCGAGACACAAGUGCAUCUGCUAGCUGUUAGCACUUGGCAGACGGAGUUCUCCUCUAGGGUAGUUCUAACUUUGGGUAAUAAUGUUUGUCAGCUACCUGAUAUUAACAUUGCUCCACGUUCAAACAGCAGUGUUAGCAAGACCUGGGGGAGAGAAUAUUGGCUGUGAUGACUACCUAGGCUCCGACAAAGUCGUGGACAAAUGUGGGGUGUGUGGAGGCGAUAACACGGGCUGUCAAGUCGUGUCCGGCGUGUUUAAGCACGCGCUCACCAGUCUGGGCUACCACCGAGUUGUUGAGAUUCCCCAAGGAGCCACAAAAAUCAACAUCACGGAGAUGCACAAGAGCAACAACUACUUGGCCUUAAGAAGUCGCUCUGGCCGCUCCAUCAUCAACGGGAACUGGGCAAUUGACCGACCCGGAAAAUACGAAGGCGGAGGAACCAUGUUCACCUACAAGCGUCCAAAUGAGAUUUCCAGCACUGCCGGAGAGUCCUUUUUGGCUGAAGGGCCUACUAAUGAGAUUUUGGAUGUCUAUAUGAUACACCAGCAGCCAAACCCAGGAGUCCACUACGAGUAUGUGAUCAUGGGGACCAAUGCCAUCAGCCCGCAGGUGCCACCUCAUAGAAGACCAGGGGAGCCAGUCAACGGCCAGCUGGUGCCAGAAGGGAGGAGCCAGGAGGAGGGAGGAGAGGAGAGGAGCGAGGAGAAAGAAGAUGUGCACCGGGGCACACCCGAAAUAUUCACCUCAGAAUCAGCCCAAACCUUCCCAGUCAGGCCUCCAGAUAGAUUUCCUUCCCAUCGACCAGAUAAUUUGGUGCCACCAGCACCACAGCCCCCUCGACGAAGCCGGGAUCACAACUGGAAGCAGCUGGGGACAACAGAAUGUUCCACAACCUGCGGGAAAGGAUCACAGCACCCUAUUUUUCGCUGUGUGCACAGAAACACUCAUGAAGAGGUUCCUGAGAGCUACUGUGACUCCAGCAUGAAGCCUACGCCUGAGGAGGAAGCCUGCAACAUCUUUCCCUGUCCAGCCUUCUGGGACAUCGGGGAGUGGUCUGAGUGCAGCAAAACCUGUGGCCUGGGCAUUCAGCAUCGCCAGGUACUGUGCCGCCAGGUGUACGCCAACCGCAGCCUGACAGUGCAGCCCCACCGCUGCCAGCACCUGGAGAAGCCCGAGACCACCAGCACCUGCCAGCUCAAGAUCUGCAGUGAAUGGCAGAUCCGGACCGACUGGACCUCGUGCUCAGUGCCCUGCGGAGUGGGGCAGAGGACCCGAGACGUGAAGUGUGUGAGCAACCUCGGGGAUGUGGUUGAUGACGACGAGUGCAACAUGAAGCUCCGGCCGAACGACAUUGAGAACUGCGACAUGGGACCCUGUGCCAAGAGCUGGUUCCUCACCGAGUGGAGUGAAAGGUGCUCAGCGGAGUGUGGGGCUGGAGUGCGGACUCGUUCAGUGGUAUGCAUGACCAACCAUGUCAGCAGCCUGCCCCUGGAGGGCUGUGGGAACAACCGACCCGCGGAGGCCACCCCGUGUGACAACGGGCCCUGCACAGGCAAGGUGGAGUGGUUUGCGGGGAGCUGGAGUCAGUGUUCCAUCGAGUGUGGGAGUGGGACCCAACAGAGAGAGGUGAUUUGUGUUAGGAAGAACGCAGACAACUUCGAAGUACUGGACCCUUAUGAAUGUUCCUUCCUGGAGAGACCCCCCAGCCAGCAGUCCUGCUACCUCAAGCCUUGCGGGGCCAAGUGGUUUAACACAGAAUGGAGCAUGUGCUCCAAGAGCUGCCAGGGCGGCUUCCGGGUCCGGGAAGUGCGCUGCCUGUCAGAUGACAUGGCUCUCAGCAACCUCUGUGACCCUCAGUUGAAACCAGAAGAGAAAGAAUCUUGUAACCCUCAGGACUGUGUCCCUGAAGUUGAUGAAAACUGCAAGGACAGGUACUACAACUGCAACGUGGUGGUCCAGGCGCGCCUCUGCGUCUACAAUUACUACAAGACUGCGUGCUGUGCAUCCUGCACACGUGUGGCCAACAGGCAGCCGGGAUUCCUGCGUGGCAGAUAACCCCCCAGCCACAUCAGUGAACAGGCUGGGGAGUCUGAGCAGCGGGACUGCGGCAGCACCCCCAGGGAGCCCAGGGCCUGCCAGUCAGUUGCAUCACACUUCCUGAAGACAGGUGGUUGUACCCAGCCUGCGGGAAGCCCUGUGGGGCCCAUAAGCAAAGCCACCAAGAACUGUUUAUGCUCCCACCUGGGGACGUGCCACCUGCUCUGCUUGGGGUGCCCUCUGUAAACCAUGCAGCAGGAAGAUUGUGUCUCUUUCAUGCUGGCACUGUCCAGGUCAGCAGUGGGCCCUACUGACCCUGUUCAGGGUGCCACUGGCUUUUCUGAUAUCAGCACCCUUCGGAGAGUCAGAGGAGGCAGCGACUCUCCCCACAGCCUGGAUAAGCCUUGCUGAGAUGUCUGCACCCCUUAGUCACCUCAGCCUGGCUCUGCCUGUUUCCAGUCUCAAAGAUACCAGGCUGUUUUCCUGCCUAAUGACACAACUAUCUAUGUCAAUGUAGUGGUUUAUUUUCGCAGAUAUAUUCACAGAUAUCAGCUCAUUAGCACCUCAUGACGCCCCAGAAUGGGAGUCAGGGAAUGAAGCACUAUCCCUGAUUUGCUGACAGGGUCACUGACCUGCAGGGUACAGUCACUCAUUCAGUGGCAGGGCUGAGACCUGACCCCAGCUGACCACGAAACCCUCAGCCCAAGGUCUAUCCAGAAGUCCUAGGUUUUAGGAUGCAGGCCAUAUCUGACUGAGAGGCUGAGAGGUUUCUGACCUGACAAACAAAGCCUAGACCUUUGAAUUCUUUCUUCCUAAUUCUCUAUUCUCAGUUGUUUCAGAAGCCUCUUUCUAUUGUCCCCUCCCCCACUGAGUCACAGGACUCUUCAGGUUUUGUUAAAUCCCACCUUCACAGAAUUAUAUCAAGAGACAAGAAAGCAAGGUGAUUACCUGGAAAUCUGAUUCCAUUCCCCCGAAUAGGUACCUUCCAUAGAUCCUAGUUGGGGUCACUUUGGCCACAGAGCCUUCUGAGUCCCAGAACAGAUUUACAGAGCACCCAACCCUGCACUCUGGCUCCAGCCCAAUCCUUAGCCAGCCAUUCUGAGCUGUUCAUCUUGCAGUUCUCAAUGGAAGGUCUAAUCCAUCUGUCCCAGCAAAACCACUUUCUUUAUAUUAGAGUCUCCCUUUGGUCUUUCCAGUUUGAUUUAUGGAUUUCUCUUUGUGAUUUCUCAUCCUUCCUUCCCCCAAUUCACAAUCCAUAACCUCCCCUCCCAUAAUUGAGCACUAAGAUCUUCAUUAAUGCAGCCAGCUGAGAAAAGAAGCUGUGAACCCUUCCAGUGACAAUUGCAGCAGCAGGGUCUUUCUUUCCUGAUUCACUUAACUUGCUCUACAGUCAUGUCACUUAAUGACAGGAAUACAUUCUGAGAAAGGCAUCGUUAGGCAGAUUCCUUACUGUGCAAAUGACAUAAAAUGUAAUUACACAAACCUGGAUGGUAUACCUGCUACACACCUACUACAUACAGGGACCACCAUCCUAUAAAUAAUGAUCCACUGUUGACCAAGGCAUCGUUAGGCAGCACAUGACUGUAGUUUCAGAGGCCUCAGGCUAGAAGGGGAUGCAGUGCCUAUUGAAAGAUAAACUAUCUGAAAAUCAAUUAAGAAAAAAAUGUAUGUAUGUUUAUAUAUAUAUUUAUCCAUUAAGAAUAAUAUCAAGCUAGACAAAUUCUAAGCUUAUAGAAAAUUUAUCUUAUUUAGUACUGUGGUCCUAGGUCUAUUUCCCUUUCAAAGCAAGCCUGGGUUCUUAGCAACUCAGUUCUUCCCAUGAGCCCUUUAACCCCCAAAUUUGCUAAUGUGAUGAUCACUUGCAGCUUUUGGAAGCUGAGUGUCACAUUCUGUUAGGUUCCUACCACCAGUUAGGUUCCUACCACCACCUAUUUCCUCUUCCCCAAGUGGCAGACACCACUUUCCCAAAGCACCCCCCACUCUCCUGAUCUGUAUGCAACUCGUACAGAUAAGCAGCAGGCAGAGGCCCAGAGGCCAAUGCCAACCAAACAAUGGCAAAGCAGAGAUGCCAAGCCUGUCUGUUUCUGCCCAGGACCACUCCCCUCUCACUACUUACUUUUGCCUCUUGUCACUAAGUAUGUUUCCUCUACACAGCUCCUCUCAGAUCUUGCUGAACAAACCAACCAUUUGAAGGAGACCUCAGAAAAUACUUCCUGCGCAUGCUGGAGGGCAGGGCAAGAUCUCUGGGCGGAACAGCAGAAAGACUGUAUCAGCUUAAAUGAAGUGAAAAUAUUCUAGCCAUUUGGGCUGCACCCCAGAGGCAUAUGACAGAGGUCCCAGCCCACCCUAUGUGAGUGACAGCUCCCUCCUUAAAGGGAUUUCUCCAUCAAAGGGGAGGUAAACAUCCCAGGUCCUUCAAGUCAGGAUUCUCAUGACUGGCCUGGAUCUCUUUACAUCUAACAAUUCCCUGUGGCUCCCAAAUGUUACCUCCCAAAUGUAAAUUGUUCUUUAAAAGACAGCGAUCCUGCCAGAGCCCCUGAUAGGAGCAAUGAAUCACUUCACAUCAUCAGGAGGGAACAGUAGCUAGGGCAAGGUCUUUUCCAACAGCUGAGCUCUUCUUAGAAUUCAUUCUUCUUGGAAAAGAGCAUAAAUUACUAGAACAAGGAUUUUAUCAACUUGCCUGAGAAAUACAACUUUUACUAAUUUUCUAGCUUCCUCUGUUGGCACCUCUGUUAAUAUAACAUGCACAGUUGGGGACCUUUGGUAUUUACAGUAAGAACAUUCCUGGGGAGGGAAUCUAAGGGAAGCUUAGUCUGUGGCUCUUUACCCCUCAAUAUGCCUCUGCCUCUCUUUCUUGGCACCCUGUUUUCGUAACCCCUGCCCUUCCUAUUAUCUGCCAUCUCCUCUUCAGGCCUCUCAUGUCCCCUUACCUGCCAUGGUGCAGAACUUAAAUUUACAUUUUAAUUCUGCCCUUCGUUUCCCUGGGUACUGGAUUUUUUUCUUCCCUGCUCCAAAUUUUUAAAUGAAUGAAAACUGUUACAUGUUUUUAUCACAAAAAUCAACAAAGCUCCACACAGAAAUAGUUUGGGGUUUGGUUUGUUUGUUUGUUUGUUUUUGCUUUCACCCAGGCAAAGACCAUGUGAUAUGGUCUGUGCUUCCCAUGACUCUGACUUGGCCUUCGCCCAAAGAAAAAGAGAAACACGAGGAAUGGGGCACUAAAAAAGUUUGAAACCAGCCACUAGUGGGCGUGAGUUCAGCUGAUUAAAGCAUGUUUGGUGCCCCUGCCUGCAAGCCCAUGGGAAACCAAGAUACAAGUUCUAAUUCCAGUCCUGGGGAGCUACCAUGUGACAGGGGGCCCAGAACUCCCAUCUGUCCCUUUGCCUUACUUCUCUGGCCCAGGGUUUUUGGAGUUUUGCUUUUCCCCUUCAUUUCUUAGGAUGUGUCUCAUCUAGCUAUCCUCAAAGUGUUUAGCAUUCAACACUCUCUUUGCUUUAAAAAGAAUGGCCUUAUAGAAGAAUGAAAUAUGGAAGACAGCAGAUUAAUUUAUUUUCACCAAAAUAGAAAGAUCUAUGGUAUUCAUUCGUACCUUUCUAAAUCACCAUCUCUUUUUUUAAAGUAGCCAUGUUAGCCUUUGAAUAUCAGCUUUCAUGUGUGGAAGAAGACAAAGAUAGAUGGUCUAAAGGAACAUGACUUCCCUUAAAACCGGUGCAUAAUCAAGUCUGAGAAACCUCUAUCAGCCUGACAGGUGGAGGACAGUGUCUGAUCCUUGGCAUAUAAAACAUUUUAAAUAUGGCUUAGAUGGGAAAAUAGUUGCCUUCCUGAUAAAAUCUGUGAAUGACACGAAGUUGGAGAGCUAGUGACUCGAGUGAUAGGCCCUGGAUCCAAAGAGAUCUGGGAAACUAAAAUAAAACCUGGGUCUUACAAAUUCUCCAGGAAGCAUCAUAAAGUUCUACCUUUGGAUUAGAAAACAACAGCAAUAAAUACACAA